AACCUCACGUGGGUUUCAUCUGCUCUGCUUCUAGACAAAGUCAUCUCCACAGUUACUGUAAACCUUACUCAUUAGAUUGUUGAUCGGUUUUGUUUCUUUCCAUUUCAUAUUAUUUAUUAAUUUAAUAAUCACAAUGUCAAAUCAUUUCAAUAAGGAUCCAGCAAUUGAGAGAAAAGAAGCUGAAGAAGAGCAAGAUGAUCCAGUUACAUUGGCGAUCAAAAAGACUGGAUGUUUACAGUAUCAUUUUGAUGUUCAGGAAUGCAUGUAUGAAAAACGAGAUUGGAGAGCUUGUAAGGAUCAAGUUAGCUUAUUUAAAGAAUGUAUGGCUGAUUACCAGAGGAAAUCUCAGCCUCAAACCUAAUUGAAUUUUUCUUUCACCAUCACAGCGUUUGAAGUUUUUGGUUUCCGUGAAGCCAAUUGUGUAAAAAUUUCUAUUGUAAUAUUGUGUCUAUUAAGAGGCAGAUUGAUAAAAGACAUUAAAUUUAUUGCUUAAAAAAGGA